AUGGACCUGAUGGGUGUGCAACGGGGGCUGAGUGUGCAACGGGAACUGAGCCUGCAGCGAGCGCUGAGUGUGCAACGGGAGCUGAGCCUGCCCCGGGACGUGGACCUGAGUGUGCAACGGGAACUGAGUGUGCAACGGGACAUGGACCUGAGUGUGCAACGGGAACUGAGUGUGCAACGGGAGCUGAGUGUGCAACGGGAGCUGAGCCUGCCCCGGGACGUGGACCUGAGUGUGCAAAGGGAACUGAGUGUGCAACGGGAACUGAGUGUGCAACGGGAGCUGAGCCUGCCACGGGACGUGGACCUGAGAGUGCAACAGGGACUGAGUGUGCAACGGGACAUGGACCUGAGUGUGCAACAGGGACUGAGUGUGCAACGGGAGCUGAGCCUGCCACGGGACAUGGACCUGAGAGUGCAACGGGAACUGAGUGUGCAACAGGACAUGGACCUGAGAGUGCAACAGGGACUGAGUGUGCAACGGGAGCUGAGCCUGCCACGGGAUGUGGACCUGAGUGUGCAACGGGAACUGAGUGUGCAACGGGAGCUGAGUGUGCAACAGGACCUGAGUGUGCAACAGGACAUGGACCUGAGUGUGCAACACGACGUGGAUGCGAUCGUGGGAAGGGACCUGAGCGUGCAACGGGAGCUGAGCGUGCAGCAGGACACGGACGUGGGCGUGCAACAGGACGUGGGGGUGAUCGUGGGGCAAGACCUGAGUGUGCAACGGGAGCUGAGUGUGCAACGGGAGCUGAGUGUGCAACGGGAGCUGGAUCUGCAGCGGGGGCUGAGUGUGCAACGGGAGCUGGGUGUGCAACAGGAGCUGAGUGUGCAACGGGAGCUGGAUCUGCAGCAGGGGCUGGGUGUGCAGCCGGGCGUGGGUGUGCAAAGGAAGCUGAGCGUGCAGUGGGAGCCCCCCGUGGGGCGGGACCCGGCCGUGAGCGUGCAAAGGAGAAUGAGCGUGCAACAGGAGGGGCAGCGGCAGCUGAGCGUGCAGUGGGACCCCCGUGUGCAAUGGGGUGUGGACCUGAGUGUGCAACGGGAGCUGAGUGUGCAACGGGAGCCACGUGUGCCCUGGGACGGGGACCUGAGUGUGCAACGGGAGCUGAGCGUGCAACGGGAGCCAC